CCAACACCACACCUGAAGAAAACAUGGGCCUGUUGUCUAUACUUCGGAGGCUGAAGCAGUCUCCAGAACAGGAGGUGCGCUUACUGUUGCUUGGCUUGGACAACGCUGGCAAGACCACUCUGCUGAAACAGCUGGCAGCAGAAGAUAUCAGCCACAUCACCCCCACACAAGGCUUCAAUAUCAAGAGUGUUCAAUCAUCUGGCUUCAAGUUGAAUGUUUGGGACAUUGGAGGUCAGCGCAAGAUCCGCCCCUACUGGAGGAAUUAUUUUGAGAACACAGAUGUAUUGAUCUAUGUGAUUGACAGCUCAGACAAGAAAAGGUUGGAAGAGACAAGCCUGGAGCUGUCUGAGUUGCUGGAGGAGGAAGACCUCGCUGCUGUGCCACUGCUAAUCUUUGCCAACAAGCAGGACCUGAUGACAGCCACCCCGGCGUCUGAGCUGGCAGAGAGUCUCCAUCUGCACACUAUCCGGGAUCGUAUGUGGCAGGUCCAGGCCUGCUCAGCAGUGACUGCUGAGGGAGUGCAGGAUGGCAUGACCUGGGUUUGCAGAAAUAUAAGGUUUCGAAAGAAAUAA